GUGGGGGAUUCGAUCCCUUUCGGUGCAAGUCUGUGGAUACUUCAGGCUUUAACUGGCGUUUGAAAUGAACAGUGCGUCACAUCGCGCGUCAUUGUGCCUGAAGCGCUCCUCGUUGCCGGUGUAACGCUUCAUUCCUCUCGAGCGCCAAAACGUGUUGUUUUCUUUUUUUAAUUUUGAUUUUUAACGGGAAGGAUAAGAAGGAAAAGGAUGGCCUCCAAUAAUAACGGAUCUAACAUCACCGGUAACUACACCAACCAGUUUGUGCAGCCGCCGUGGCGCGUCGCGCUCUGGUCCGUCGCCUACAGCGCGGUUCUGGCGGUGGCGGUGUUCGGGAACCUCAUCGUCAUCUGGAUCAUCCUGGCGCACAAGCGCAUGAGGACGGUCACCAACUACUUUCUGUUGAACUUGGCGUUUUCGGACGCGUCAAUGGCCGCUUUUAAUACUUUGAUCAACUUUGUCUACGCCACUCACGGGGACUGGUACUUUGGGGAGGCGUACUGCAAAUUUCACAACUUCUUCCCGGUCACGUCGGUGUUCGCCAGCAUCUACUCCAUGACUGCCAUCGCCGUGGACAGGUACAUGGCCAUCAUACAUCCUUUGAAGCCACGCCUGUCAGCAAAAGCCACGACCGGGGUGAUUUUUUGCAUCUGGAGUCUGGCUGUGGUCCUGGCCUUUCCUCUCUGCUACUUCUCCACAGUUCGAGUCCUUCCCCGCAGGACCCUGUGCUACGUGGCCUGGCCCCGAAUGGUGGAUGACGCCUUUAUGUAUCACAUCAUAGUGACAGUCCUGGUCUACCUGCUGCCCCUGGUGGUGAUGGGGAUCACGUACACCAUUGUGGGGGUGACCCUGUGGGGAGGGGAAAUUCCAGGAGACUGUUCUGACAACUAUCACGGGCAACUUCGGGCGAAGAGAAAGGUGGUGAAGAUGAUGAUCAUCGUGGUGGUGACCUUUGCCCUCUGCUGGCUGCCUUAUCACGUCUACUUCAUCGUGACGGGUCUGAGCAAACACCUGAAGAAGUGGAAGUACAUCCAGCAGGUUUACCUCUCGGUGCUGUGGCUGGCCAUGAGCUCCACCAUGUAUAACCCCAUCAUCUACUGCUGCCUCAACAGCCGGUUCCGAGCCGGCUUCAAGCGAGCAUUUCGUUGGUGUCCCUUCAUUAAAGUGUCCACUCACGACGAGUUGGAGCUGCGUUCGGCUCGGAUGCUUCACACCAACCAGAGCAGCAUGUACACACUGUCUCGGAUGGAAAACCUCUACGACGCUUCAGACGGUGAUGGCGGAGCCGCGAGGAGAUCCAACAGGACCAGGAGUUCCAAACGCAAUCCCCAGACGGCCGACGACUGCAGCAGCAGGGAGAAAGCGCUGAACGGAAGUGUGCUCUAAUGAUGGAUCGGAGAACACGCCUUGCUGUCACGCCAUUCUUCACCAGGCAGCCAUUCUCAAACCCGUGGAGACUUUAUCUUUGCAAAUCAUUCAUAGCCAUUCAUCGCUGAUAACUUCUCAACAGCCGGACCGGAUGUACGUCUUAAUAUGAAUUUUCCGAGACUCAUGUUAACAUUUCCCAAUAUAUUUUACCAAUAUAUUUAUGGGAUAUUUAUUUUCCUAGAUGCGUAUGAAGAGCACAACAGAUUCAUGUGGGCAUCUUUAGACACACUUCUAUAUAUAAAAUAAGAGGUGAUGAAGCUGAGGAACGAUAUUUUUUAUUAAAGUUCAUUUGAAUGUCACCGUCGGUUGGAAAAAAAGAUCCUGAAAAGCAACAGGAAAACCAAUGAGGUGAGAGAGGAAGAGCCAUAGGUUGAAAAUUGAUUGAGAAAAAGUUGGGUCGGAAGAGACCAAAUAUAGAGACUGAAGAUAAUGUGAUCACAAGCUUGCAUGAGAUUUAUGAGCCAUUUUUUUCUGUAUUUUUUUCUGUUUACUUUUACUUCAGGGAUUGGAUCGGAUCAGAUUUUUUUUUUUUAAUCAAACACCUACAAUAUCUUUAUCAUUCGUAAUCUGAAGAAAUGAAAAACAGCAGCAAACUGGUCACGUUAUAUUGAUCUAAAGGUGGAACCGCUCAGGCCUCACUGUGAGGGUGUCAAUGGCCCAACAAACAGCCAGAAGUUUAGAAGUUUAUUCAUCAGUUCAGUCUUGAUUGUCCUCUUUGGGGGUCCAAGUUUGUUGAGUGCAGAUUGAUUUUUGCCUCCCAAACUUACAUGGCUCAUGUCGGAUUGAGCGCAAACGAUUGCACGUGUCGAUGGAUCGAGCGAGUGAACACUCGUUGGCCUCUGUGGAUCAAUCAUUUCCCCACACACAGUGAUUUCUGGAACAAAAGCAGCGCCGAACUUCUGCUAAAAUUGUUCCAUAUUUAGGUUGAAAUGUAUAUUUUUAUUAUUUUCAAGUGAAGUUGAGCCUAAAAACAAUGAUCUUGGUAUUGCUUGCGACCGUCAUGUAAUUGUUGCCAAAACUUUCAAUCUUUGUUUCCCAAGGUCGACAAAGAGUCAGAAGUGAUGCAGCAACACAAAAUAAAUGGGAAGCCUUUGUGUUGUUGUGGCGCAUCAUGGGACUUGUAGUGUUGCAGUUGGUAGUGCUGGUCCAUUCAUUGUCAUUCCAGAAGCAGCUUGGAUGUGACCUUGAGUUUGGCAGGCCUGAUUUUAACAGUAUCUGUAAUGUAUCUCGUCUGGGUCAUUUCCAUUAAGGAGAAAUUUAUCAGGAUAUAUAUAUAUAUAUAUAAGGAUUAUACAUCUAUAUAUAUAUAUAUAUAUAUAUAUAUAUAUAUAUAUAUAUAUAUAUGAAGCAGAUUCAAAAAGAGAAAGAGAAAGAAAGAAAACAAAACCAUAAACUCAAUCCAGAGGGAAUAAUGGUCAACAGAACUCGUAUCGCUUUGUCUAAUUGAGCAGGUGGAACAAUGAAGAUUCUAAAUUACACCGGUCAUGAAUCACAUGCCCACAGACCUUUCUUGCUGAGGUGCACAUUAUGACUUUGAUGUCCUGGAUAUUAAUAUGCGGGGACCUAAUGGAACUAAGGAAAGGCAUGUGCAGGCUUCACAAGUAGAAAAAAGGUUGCCAGACAUGUUGAAAGCCCAGCCAGGACACGACAUGUUUCCCUUGGUUUGUCGUAUUUCACUCCGUCAUGAAAUCCCCCGCAGUAAUGCCUGGCCGGAGCACAGUCCACCCUCGACUUCUUCGAUGGAUCACACAUUUCUUUGGGCUCAAAAGCACAAGAUAUUCCAGGAGAGAAGUUUUAAAUAAUUUUUGGACGCUAAGUUUGCCUUCUCUGGUCUUAAAAAAAGAAAAAAAAAAAAAAAAAAAGCAAUAGCAAUGCUACAGAAAUAAAAUAUAAUAUAUAAUAGCAGAAGUAUAGUGAGACGGUCCAUUCAUAAAUAAAUAAUAAAA